GACACUGUGGCGGGGGAGACGCGGCCUCGGGCCUCAGGCUGUGAGGGGUGCAGCUUCUCUGUGGGCCCGAGACUGCGGCGAUGGAGCUAAAGCCGUUCGAGCGGCACCUGGCGUCGGUGAGCUCCGAGUUCGGUGGCAGUGAGUCGGGCGGCACAGGCCCAGGAUCCGGAGACUCUCUGCUGAGUGAGGCCGGGACCGAGGUUCACUACAUCCCGGUGAAGAUCCUGGGCAGAGGUGCCUUCGGGGAGGCCACCCUGUACCGGAGGACGGAGGACAACUCUCUGGUGGUUUGGAAAGAGAUUGACUUGGCUCGGCUUUCGGAGAAGGAGCGGCGAGACACACAGAAUGAGAUCCUCAUCCUGUCAGUGUUGCAGCAUCACAAUAUCAUCGCCUAUUACAACCAUUUCUUGGAUGAAAACAAACUCCUGAUUGAGGUGGAAUACUGCAAUGGGGGCAAUUUAUAUGAUAAAAUCCUGCAGCAGGGUGGGAAACUAUUUCCUGAGGAGACGGUUGUGUGGUACUUGUACCAAAUUGUAUCAGCGGUGGCCCAUAUUCACAGCUAUGGAAUUCUACACAGGGAUAUAAAGACACUGAACAUCUUUCUCACAAAGUCAGACCUGAUCAAGCUGGGUGACUAUGGGCUGGCAAAGCGGCUGAACUCCCCUCACUCGAUGGCAGAGACUUGUGUCGGGACUCCAUAUUACAUGUCACCAGAGCUCUGCCAAGGAGAGAAGUAUAAUUUUAAAUCGGAUAUCUGGGCAGUCGGCUGUGUACUGUUUGAAUUGCUGACCCUCACUCGAACAUUUGAUGCAACGAAUCCACUGAAUCUUUGUGUGAAGAUAGUGAAGGGAACGCGUACGAUGGAUGUGGAUCCAACUGUAUAUAGUGAGGCCAUGCGCUCUAUAGUCUUGGAGUGUUUGGAUAAGGAUCCAGAGAAGCGACCAGCAGCCAACGAGAUCCUGAACCAGCCAAUCAUCGACAACGAGCGAGGGUCAAUGGAGGACAGAGUUACUCAGUUGAAUGGAUCAGCACGUAAAACCAGACUGAAUACGCCUGCUGAUCCUCCCAUUGCAGUGGUGACUAGUCAGUUCAGCGAUGUAUAUUACUGGGGUGGUGGAAAAGCCACACCACAGAAACUGGACCUAUUCAAGGGUGGACGCAGUGCGCAGCAGGUCUGUGCCAGCAACACACACUUCGCUGUGCUGUCGGUGGAAAAGGAGCUUUACACCUGGGCGAAUGUUCAGGGUGGGACGAAGAUGGUAGGCCAACUGGGCCAUGGUGACCGGGCCUCCUAUCGUCAGCCCAAGUGGGUAGAGAAGCUUCAGGGGAAGGCCAUCCACCAGGCAGCCUGUGGAGAUGAAUUUACUGCCUGUGUUACUGAUGAAGGUCACCUGUAUACGUUUGGCUCUGAUUAUUAUGGCUGUAUUGGAUGUGAUGGUCAGUACGGACAGGAGGUACUGGUGCCUGUGCUUGUGGAGUUCUCCCUCGAUCAUGCUGUUGAACACGUAUCCUGUGGUGAUAACCAUGUCGUCGCAUUAACACGCAACAAAGAGGUGUUCUCGUGGGGCUGCGGGGAGCAUGGGCGUUUGGGGCUGGAUUCAGAGGAGGAUUACAAAUACCCAGAACGCGUUGACCUGCCAGUGAGCCUGAGCAUUGUGUCAGUGCAGUGUGGCUCUGAUGGGACUUUCUUCAUAACUCAGAGUGGCAAAGUGCUGGCGUGUGGUAACAACGAGUAUAACAAGCUCGGACUCAACCACUACAUGCGAGGUCUUCGCAAACACCCAAUCAAAGCUGAUCAGGAAGUUCCCUACAUGACCUCACUGACUCUGUCCAAACAGCUGGCCAUUUACAAAAUCAAAACCAUUUCUGCAGGCAAGACCCACACAGCAGCUAUUGAUGAGCGAGGUCGCCUGUUAACAUUUGGCUGCAAUAAGUAUGGACAACUUGGAGUGGGAGACUACAAGAAGAGAGAUGGCAUCAAUGUAUUGGUUGGUGCACUUGGAGGAAAGCAAGUGACGAAAGUGUCGUGCGGAGAUGGAUUCACCAUUGCAUCUACUGAUGAUAACCAGAUCUUUGCUUGGGGAAAUGGUGGGAAUGGCCGCCUUGGAAUGACUGCUACAGAGAAGGGCUUUGGUUCUGAAAUCUGCAGUUCCUGGCCUCGGCCUAUUUUUGGCUCCCUUCAUAAAGUCUCGGAUCUGUCCUGCCACGGUUGGCAUACUAUCCUCAUUGCUGAAAUGGUGGUUGCAUCGAAAACCAUUCGAUCAAACAGCAGUGGCCUGUCUAUUGGAGCUGCACACCAACCCCUUGUAUCUGACCCUCCUGAUGACCAUCCAGUUCCACAGGGCUCGACACUGGAGGAUGACUUCAGGAACGAACAGGAAGAUGAUGGGCAAAAUGGGAUGAAAAGAACAGCAGAGGACAGGCGAGGAAUUGGAAUGUUAAACCCACUCAAGUCUACAAGUAAUCUAAUCGAGAGCUCCUGUCCUGAGUGGCUGUUACAGGAGUUGGAAAAUGCUGAGUUUAUCCCAAUUCCAGAAAGUCCUGGAGACCCAGCCAAACUGCUGACAUAUUCCUGUCAGGAAACACUUCCAUAUGAGAAGCUGAAGGAAAUGAAGACUGCAGUGAAUCUUCCGGGUGAAUUGGAAAAAAGCAAGCUUCCUAUGGCAAAAAAUCCUGUUUCGGAGGAUUGUUCCCACUUUGUGACAUCACCCUGCCUGUGUAGAGAUUUGCGAGAUGAAUUAGGGAGGAUGCAGCAGAUGCUGACACAGUGUUUGACUCAACAACAAAAUGAACAGGAAGAGCGGGAGAAGCUCAGUGCUGAGAUUCAGAGACUAAGUAAGGAAGUUGAGGCAGUAUCUCAGUUACAAGACAACCUGACAAAAAAGCAGAAAACUAUCGACUGUCUGGAAAAGCAGCUGCAAGUUCAGCUGGAGGAGAAUCACAGGCUCUGGUCUGCCGUUGAAGAGUUGAAAACCCGAAGGUUUGAAAAUGACGGGAAAGAAAUGUCAGACUCGUUGGCCAUUCUGAGGGUGAAGCCUACGGUUAUUUCAACAUCUUGUCUCCAAUCUGCAAGUUCAGACAUUGACUCAAAGCCGUGCACAGAUUCCAGCCUGGACACUAGCCUUGCAGCCGUUUCUCCUUCUGGUUCUUUCUGUCAGAUUGAGUAGAGUUUGAAUGGCUGUGCCAUUGAGCACUCACAGCUUUCAUCCACUUCCUCUGGGCUCCACUCAACUGGAAAACUGGCAAGCGUCUUUGCACCUGCCAGUAUCAGAGAAUUUGUGCUAUGUUCCUGCCCCACGCAGAAACUACUGAAUGCAAAUGGGUGAAUUAUAGGAACAGUGUUACAUCAAGAUAACAGUGCUUUGAGUAUUUUAAACACCCAUUGGUUGAAGCAGUUUGACAGUGUGGUUGUAUGGGUUGGUAUUGAGAGAAGCCAGCAGGGCUGUUGAAACACAUUUGCCUGUUUACUCCAAGUUGCGUACAAGGUGAGUUUGCUUAAGUGUUUAUCUUUCUAGGAAAUGGUCCACGCCCAUUUGAUUUUAGAUGUGGGAAUGGGUCAGUUUAUAACUUCCAGUGCCUUAAAGCAGUAGAAUUUAGCCCAGUCCGUGGCACAGUCCAGUGCCUUAUAUCCAAACAGUGUUUAUUAAUAUUUUGCACAGAAGUCACAUCUGCAGAGCCUUUGGGUGUAACAGUGAUGAGGUGAAUGCCUCACAGUAAUUACUUGGUGAACACUUCUGUCGUGAUCUCUCCAAUAACUGCAAGACAGAGGCAGGGAAGGGCUGUGUGUCUAAGCUGCAGGUUCUGAGGCAGGAGUUGCAGGUACUGAGCUGGAAACAGUUGCAAUGAGAAAGAACAGAGCAUAAGGCCUGGAAUAAAGAGAAGGUUCUGAAGAGUUACAGCAUUGCAUUUGGAUUGUAGAAUGGAAGGAUUGAUGUUUGAGGUCUGCUGGGUUUGUCCCAGACUGGCAUCACGGCUCAAUUCCUGUUACUGGGGUAGUUUUCCCCAGUGUUGAGGGGAUACUGGGCAUCGGGGUCACUGACAGAGCACUGCUGCCUAAAGAGUAUUGAGUCAAAAUCCUCUGUCAGUGGAAGCUUGCAUCACCUCAACAGAAGGAUCUUACGCAUAAAACGUUGGCUUCAUUCCAGAAUAUUAGAGACAUGGAAUUGAGAAGGCGGUUGAAAUGAGUUUCUGGGAUUUGAUACUAACUCAGCAGGCAGGCAGUAUCUGUGGAGCAGAGUUAUCGUUUCAUGUGCACUGUGACUCAAUAUGAAGAACCAGACUGGAUUUGAAAGGUUAAUUCUGCUUUCUGUUUACACAGAUGCUGCCAGACAUGCUGAUUUUCUGGUUUUUGUUUGUCUUGUUUCAGAUUUCCAGCAUCCCCAGUUCUUUAUUUCAUUCUAAGAUUAAAUGUGGCUAUGUGUAGGAGCUUCCUGGUGCCGUGAUCCAGGGUUCAAGUAAAAUGAGUAGGAUUCCAAUAGACCCAUCUCUUUACGUGACCUGCAGUUGUAUACACAUUCCUGAACAGAUAGUAAUUGGGGUGCUGGAUCAUAAAUACAGUUAUGAAUUCUUAAAUUCACCAGACAAUUAGAAAUUAGAUGUUGAUCAGUCUGUAACAAGAACAAAUAGAAAAAGUUUGAUGUGGUGGGAUUCUUUAUGUUUGGAGUGAGUAGGAGGAGAUUUGGUUCAGUGAGAUUCUGUAAUUUGAAUGAGGUUUGCAUACGGUGAAUAAUUGAUGCUGAUUUCAAAUAGGUGAUGUGUAUCUCUUACUGAUUGAUGAGGCAGGAUUCAUUGAGAGAUAUUAGAGCUUUACUCCAAAGCAUUUACCUGCUUAUGCUGAUCCCAGAGAUCAGGUGUUAACAUACUGUGUUCAGGAGACUACAUUUGCUCUGAUCAAUGAAUAUGCUGUCAAGGAUAUGAAUUUGAGGGCAAGUUGGGGAGGAAAGUGAGGGUGAGAGUGUCGUGCGAGCAAUGGUAGAGAAAUAGGGAUGGAGGGUAAUAAUUAAGAGGAGGUUGGGCAUGAAUUAGAUGGGGGAGGUAUUUGGGGAUUUUGGGAGUGAGAUGAACUGUACGGCGUGUGUUGGAGGCAGUGAAGGAGUUAUUGGCCGUUAUUGAGGGUGGAUCAUUUUUGAGGUUGGGUUUUGGGGGUGGUUUAGAGGUGAUCCAGAGUGUAUUUAUGACAAAGAGAUACUUUUGAAACCUGAUUUCUGCUUGUGUUAUGUUUUGGUCACAAACCCUGAUUAUGAAAAUACCUGAGCCCUAGAUCCUCUCAGUUAGUUUAAUUUUUUGUAACUCAGCUGUUUCUGCAUUUUUCAACCCAGCUCCAGUGCUUCUAACAGGAUUCCCUGUAAAAAGCAUCCUGGGCAUGACUUAUUGUUGAAUUGAAAUGUUUGUGAAGCUGCUUACACUUUCUUCCUGUGUUUUACAUUAGCUCAGCCCCUCUCUGCUUCUGUUUAUUGCUGCUGACCACAACAGAUCCGGUUUAAAAAAAUCUCUAAACACUAAACCAUGUCUGAACACUAAUUUUAUAUGCUUAAAAUCAUUUAGAAUGAAGGCGUAAUCACAAUAAAGUACUUUGAAUCUUG